AUGUCUGGUUUACCUCCACCGCCUUUCUUUCUGUCCACGCCUGGGAGGCCAGCAAUGCCAUGGCAGUCAUGGCGGAAGACGUUCGAAAACUACGUGCUCGCCGCUGGUUUUGAGUCCGCAGCAGUAGCCCGCAAGGCGGCAAUCCUGUAUCAUUGCUUAGGCACUGAAGGUCAACGACUUUUCGACCUACUACCUUCGCCUUCAGCAGAUUCAGAAGCUCCUGGUUCUUCACAAACUGAUGCGUACAAUAGUGCUCUGCAGAAGUUGGAUUUGCACUACGCAGUUGCAGCUAACCCUAUCGCCGAACGUCAUCGUUUCCGCCAGCGUGGCCAGCAAUACGGCGAAUCUCUUGAUGAUUUUGUCAUUGCACUUCGGAAACUUGCAAAUACCUGCGAUUUCGGAUCGACUUCGGAUCUUAUGAUUCGUGACCAAAUCGUUGAGUCUACAAACAUUCCGCACUUACGUGAUCGUCUACUUCUGGAAGGACCGUCGCUUACUUUGGCGAGAACAGUACAGAUUGCACGCCAGCUGGAACAAGUUCACCGAGACGCAAGAGAGUUCGCGAAUACUACUGAAAAUACAGUUCAACGUCUUUUCAAGAAAAGCACGAAGAAAUCCGUCAGCAACCGACAGAAGACUGGACCGUUGAAGCCACCGCACACUCAAGCAGGAUCUCACUGCUAUCGUUGCGGGUCUUCCUUUCACCUCGCUAAUUCGCCAUCGUGUAAAGCACGAAACCAGAAAUGUUUCUCCUGCGGGAAGUCGCCUGGAGAGGCAGAAAUCUUCGACACAAACCCAACGGUGCUACAACUUCACACCCGGGAGAAGACGAAAACUGGAAUAUACGUUACGCUGAACGUUGAAGACAGACGCAUGCAGUUUUUGAUCGACACAGGUUCUUCAGUGUCAGUUAUGUGCCAUGACACGUACGACUCCAUGUUUGCGUCGCAGCAUCCGUUACAGCCGGCAACUGUUCGCCUACUGGACUUCUCGAAACGCCAUAUUCCAGUACUGGGAUGCUUUCCAGCGCAAGUAGCUUACAAAGAUAAGGCGACGUGCCUCGUAUUUUACGUUGUGCAGGAUGGCACUUCACUUUUGGGUCUGGAUGCACUUACGUCCUUAGGAAUAAACAUCGACGGCAUGCAACUCUCAUGUUUCAACACAGCUACAACUUCAACACCUUUGCCAGCGGAGCUCACAGAAGAAUUCUUUCAACUUUUCGACGGCAGACCUGGUUUAGCAAGAAACUACGUGCACAGAGUCACAGUGCGUCACAAUGUUGCGCCGGUGACGUCGAAGUUCCGACGUCUACCCCAAACUGUACGCGAGAAAGUGUCUGAGGAACUUCGACGAUUAGAAGCGGAUGAUAUUAUUGAAAGGAUAACAGCAUCUGAAUGGGUGUCUCCGAUCGUUGUUGUCAAGAAAAAGAAUGGCAACAUCCGUCUUUGCGUCGAUCUUCGGGAGGCAAACAAGGCAGUAGUUCCAGAUUGUUUUCCUCUUCCUCACACAGAGGAACUCUUGAACGCUUUGUCUGGCGCCAAACGCUUCACGAAGCUUGAUCUAGCUUCUGCAUAUCACCAAGUCCUACUCCACCCAGACAGCCGCGACUUGACUGCUUUCAUAACACACGAAGGACUUUUCCGUUUCAAACGAGUGUGUUUUGGCCUUGCUUCCGCACCGUCCGCUUUUCAGCACAUGAUGACCCUGGUAUGA